CUAAUUGUGUUUAGAGUUUUGAAAAUAUGACAACUGCUUGGACAAAUACUUGUUAGCGACUGAAAAAAACUGUAAUAGAAAAUAAGAUGUCUGUUCAAGAGAUCUAGGUUGCUCAUUUAGACAGUUGUGAGCUCUUGUUUACAGCAGACCUGCACGUUUUGAAUAUUCAUAUUUGUAAUCCUCUUAAAAGCUUUAUGAUGUGGUGUUAUUUCAGAAAAUUAAGUACACGUUGGGUACAUUUUUUUUACAAACCAGUGCACUUACUGGUUUGAAAAUCUUAAGAAUGAUUCAAGAAAUUAUAUAUCUAUGUAUCUCUCUCUCUCUCUCUCUCUAUAUAUAUAUAUAGAGAGAGAGAGAGAGAGAGAGAGAGAGAGCAGUUAUAGUCAUACAAAAGAACAAAAGUGUUUAAAAGAAUCAUGAAUUAAGCUGGCACGUUUAAAUGUUUGUUUACAGAUUUAUUAGUUCUUACUUUGAUUUUCAACUAUAGCCCUAGCCCUAGCUGAGAUCUGCUUCUGCUGCUCAUACUGUGAUCAGCCGCCCUUCCCCCACAGCACUCUCUGAUCGCGCGCGCGCCCUUCCCCCACAGCACUGUCUCUGACUGACUCGCUGCAGAUGAGAUGAAUGAAUGAACUAACAAAAGUCUUGUGAGCUCUAGUUUACAGCAGACCUGCACGUUUUGAAUAUUCUUAUUUGUAAUUCUCUUAAAAACUUUAUGAUGUGGUGUUAUUUUAUAAAAAUAAGUGCACAUCGGGUACUUUUUGCUCUUUUAAACCAGUGCAUGUACGGACAUGCGCACUGGUUCGUAGUUUGAGGUGGGUGCUCGGUUAAAAAGUGAUCAUGUGCUCUGUCCACUAGAAAGACUAACUUCAUCACAUUUUUUUUUUUAAGUUUGAAGAAACAGUACUGUGGUUAAAACAAAUAUCAUUGCCACCAGAUAAUUUUCUAUUAGGCCAAAUACAUGUAGUCACAAUUUCAACGUGAAAUCCAAAUACGUAACUACGUCAUUUACGCAAGUCAGCGACGGUGGUGUUUUCCCGGGAAAUGCAGACACGUGAUGAUGGAACGCGAAACAGACGACAAACAACCCACCAGGAGGAAAGUCAUUUCAAGAAAGAAAGUCGCCAUGCUGGGAAAUAAAAGACGUAGGAAACCUCUGCAGGAUGCUGAGCAUCACAUUACCUGUAAAACUGACAAGCCUGGGCUUCGAGAGCAGUUCAUCAGCAAAUAUAAAGGGCGUGGAGUUUUCACCACUGGAGCUUUUUUCAGAGGUGAUUUUGUUCUUGAAUACAGAGGUGAACUUCUGAGUUCACAGGAGAGUCUGGACCGAACUGAACACUACACUGAAGCUGAGAACACGUUCCUGUUUGAUUUUCAGUGGCAUGGCAAAAAUUGGUGCAUGGAUGCAUCUAAAGAAGACUCGUCUUUGGGAAGACUUGCAAACGAUGAGACCAGAAAUCCUACUUGCAAAAUGAGAACUGUUGAAGUGAGCAGAAAACCUCACCUGUGUCUGUUUGCUGUACGAGACAUUCUACCAGGAGAGGAAAUCACUUACAAUUAUGGAGACUCAGAUUGGCCAUGGCGAGUCAAGCCUUUGAAUAAAGCAUCAGCAGAAUCCACUGAUAAAACGCCAGCCAGCAGUUUGCGCCUGCAUAAAUCCCCCCAUUGUGCAGCUUCUGUUUCCUCUCCUGAACUGGACAAGGUAAACAGCAAUGGUCCUCAUAAGCAGUCAGGCAAAGCAAGAACAUCAAGGAAUAAAACGGCGGCCAGUCUCUUUUUUUCUGUAGCCACUCCAAAGUCCAAGUCACCCACGUCACCUUCAACCUCGCCUGUGCAGCCCUCAUCAUCCUCGCCUGCCUACAGAGGAGGAGAGUGCAUCAACAAAGCUGCUUGCGAAUGUGGCAUAAAGAACCCUGAAGCACUGUCAUCAACUAGGCUCAGGAAACACAUAGCAACCAUGUCUAAAAUUCUUAACCUUAAUGAGAAUGAAGCAGACCAACUGGCUGAUUUCCUUGGUCACGAUAUCCGAAUCCACAGACAGUAUUAUCGGUUACCAGAGGGAACACUGCAGCUGGCAAAAAUGAGUAAAGUCCUAAUGGCCAUGGAGAAAGGAACACUGUCUGACUACAAAGGAAAGAAACUUGAUGACAUUGAAAUCGACCCAAAUGAGCAACUUGAGGCCCAAGGUGAUUCCAUGUCAAGUGAUGAGGAGGAUUCCAGUGACCUAUCUCAGACGACAGCACCAGUACAGACUGAUCAACCUGUUCAAUCUGAACAAGCUGUUUCACAGGAGGAUCAAGGUAAGAAAAAUCUCUACAUUGCACAAACAACAAUAAUCAAAUAAACAUGAAUUGGCUCC